CUAAGAAACAUGACAAAAACGACAAAUCUGACUGCACAAGAAUGGAAGGAGAAAGGCAACGUAGAAUUCAACAAAGGGAAUUGGUCAGAAGCUUUAAGUUGUUACACAAGUGCAUUAAAGCUUGUAAAUGAAGAUAAUUCUGAUAAAGCUAUAUUUUAUAAGAAUCGUGCUGCUACAUAUUUAAAACAGGAAGAAUAUAAUAAAGCAAUUGAAGAUUGCGAUAAAGCUCUCAAAAUAUGUCCAAAUGAUCCGAAAGCAUUAUUUCGCAGAUGUCAAGCAUUAGAGGCAUUAGAAAGAUACGAAGAGGCAUAUCGUGAUGCAAGAUACAUCAUCUCUGCAGAUCCUGGCAACAAGGCGAUUCAACCUAUUGCCGCGAGAUUACACGAAAUUGUGCAGGAAAGAUAUAGACAAAACUCUCGUGUCAGUGCCAAGGUGGCACAAAUGAUGGACAUAGCUUUUGAGAUAAAGGGAGACAAUGAAAAACAAGAGACGGCGAUGAACAAUUUACUUGUUCUUGCUCGAGAAAGAGCAGGAGCAGAAAUAAUGUUUAAUGAUGGAAUAGUCUCUAAAAUAACAAAGAUACUUAAACUUGAGAAAAAUGAGGAAAUAAUAACAAUUGGUGUCAGAAUUAUUGCAGAAUUAUGUAAAAAUAAUAUUGAUAGAACUGAAAAUAUUAUAAGGCAAAUUGGUAUACCUUGGUAUUUAGAACUCUUUAACACUAAAAUUGUAGAAAGAGUAAACGCUGCUCAAUAUUGCUUACAGACAAUACUAAACACAUAUAGUGGAAUGACUAACAAACCAGAUUCAAAACCGAACAAAGAAUUGUGCGAUAAAUACAACAAAGAAAUAGAUACUAUUUUAUCUUGUUUAUUGUACAGUGUAACAAACAGAACAAUUUCUGGAUUAGCUAGAGAUGCAAUUAUAGAACUUAUUAUGCGCAACAUUCAUUAUACUGCAUUAAACUGGGCAGAACGAUUAGUCGAUCUUCAUGGUUUACAACGUUUGAUGGAAGUAGCCAGUGAACUUGAAGAAUAUAAAUAUGAAUCAUCAAUGGAAAUUACAUCAUCUACUAGAACUGUAACAAGCGUUUGUUUGGCAAGAAUUUAUGAGAAUAUGUAUUAUGAUGCAGCAAAGGAAAAGUUUAGGAGUGCUAUUGACGAAUACAUAAAAGAUAAACUACUUACACCUGAUAUAGAAUCCAAGGUUCGUGUUGUAGUUGCAAUAACAACUUUAUUGCUUGGUCCAUUAGAUGUUGGGAACACAAUAAUUGCUAAGGAAGGUAUUUUAGAAAUGAUACUCGUUAUGGCAGGCACAGAUGAUGUAUUACAACAAAAAGUUGCUUGUGAAUGUAUUGUUGCUGCUGCAUCCAAAAAAGACAAAGCUACUACAAUUAUCAAUCAAGGCGUGAAUAUAUUAAAAAAGCUGUACCAAUCUAAAGAUGACUCCAUCAGAGUGCGUGCUUUAGUAGGAUUGUGUAAAUUAGGUAGUUCAGGUGGUACAGAUGCUACAAUAAGACCAUUUGCUGAGGGAGCAACGAAAAAAUUGGCUGAAGCUUGUAGAAGAUUUUUAAUUAAUCCUAAAAAGCAGAAAGAUAUGAGAAAAUGGGCAGUAGAAGGACUAUCAUAUCUUACUUUUGAUGCUGAAGUCAAAGAAAAACUAAUUGAAGAUGUUCAAGCAGUUCAAGCAAUGAUAGAACUGGCCAAAACUGAAGAUCAGUCUGUAGUUUAUGGUGUUGUUACUACAUUAGUUAAUUUAUGUAAUGCUUACGACAAACAAGAACUUAUACCAGAAAUGAUUGAGUUGGCAAAAUUUGCGAAACAUCAUAUACCAGAAGAACACGAGCUAGAUGACAUAGAUUUUGUGAAUAAAAGAGUAAUUGCAUUAGCUAAAGCUGGUGUAACAUAUGCAUUAGUUGCACUUUCUAAAACAGAAAGUCAAAAUAGCAAAGAACUAAUAGCACGUGUGUUCAAUGCAAUUUGUAGUCAGCACGAUGUACGAGGAAUUGUAGUUCAACAAGGUGGAGCAAAAGCACUUUUACCAUUGGCUUUAGAUGGCACGGAUAAAGGAAAAAAACAAGCAUCGCAAGCUCUUGCGCGAUUAGGGAUUACGAUAAAUCCAGAAGUUGCAUUUCCUGGACAAAGAAUAAUGGAAGUAGUUCGGCCAUUUAUAAAUCUCUUAAAUCCAGAAUGCUCUGCACUUGAAAACUUUGAAUCUUUAAUGGCCUUAUGCAACUUAGCAAAUGUUAAUGACAGUGUUAGAAAACGAAUUUUGAAAGAAGGUUUCCAGAAAAUUGAAACAUACAUGUAUGAAGAUCACGAAAUGUUGAAACGUGCAUCUACACAGGUUAUAAAUAAUUUAAUGAUGUGCGAAGAUACUGUUAAAUAUUAUGAACAAGAAAACGAUAGAGUUAAAUAUUUAGUUAUUCUUUGUGAGGAUGAAGAUUUAGACACAAGCAUGGCAGCAGCAGGAGCUUUAGCUAUGUUAACGUCAGUUAGCAUAAAAUCUUGCAUUAAAAUAUUUGAUACAAAAGAUUGGUUAGAAUCAUUACGUUAUUUACUUGCUAAUCCAAAUUCUGAUUUACAACACAGAGGAAUUGUAAUUGUUUUAAAUAUGAUGAAAAGUACAAAAGAAGUAGCAACUAGAGUGAUCGAAACCGAUAUAAUGGAAAUUUUAAUGGCUUUGACAAAAAGCGAUACAGUACAAAAUAAAAAAAUUAAACAAUUAGCAGCUGAAGGAUUAGAAGCUGCAGCAAAAUGGGAACUUAUUAGAAAAAGUGAAAACGAAGUAGAAUCACAAAAUACAAACAUUUUAGAAAAUCUUGAAUAA